AUGAAUGGAACAGAAGGCCUGAAUUUCUAUGUCCCCAUGUCCAACAAGACUGGUGUCGUCCGAAGCCCAUUUGAGUACCCCCAGUACUAUUUGGCUGAACCAUGGAAAUUCUCUGCACUGGCUGCUUACAUGUUUCUUCUGAUUCUUCUGGGAUUUCCUAUCAACUUCCUGACUCUCUUUGUCACAAUCCAGCACAAGAAACUCAGAACACCACUAAACUACAUCCUCUUAAAUUUGGCCAUAGCCAAUCUCUUCAUGGUCUUAGUAGGCUUCACCACCACCAUGUACACAUCCAUGAAUGGAUAUUUCGUUUUUGGGACGGUGGGAUGCAACAUCGAAGGCUUCUUUGCUACACUGGGUGGUGAGAUAGCUCUGUGGUCUCUAGUAGUCCUGGCUAUUGAAAGAUAUGUGGUGGUCUGCAAGCCCAUGAGCAAUUUCCGUUUCAGUGAGACCCAUGCCAUCAUAGGGGUGAGUUUCACUUGGAUCAUGGCCUUGGCCUGCGCUGGUCCCCCUCUCCUUGGAUGGUCAAGGUACAUCCCAGAAGGGAUGCAGUGUUCAUGUGGAGUUGAUUAUUAUACACCAAACCCAGAGGUUCACAAUGAGUCCUUUGUCAUCUACAUGUUUGUGGUGCACUUUGUCACACCACUGACUAUUAUUUUCUUCUGCUAUGGACGUCUGGUUUGUACCGUUAAAGAGGCUGCAGCUCAGCAGCAGGAAUCUGCCACCACCCAGAAAGCUGAGAAAGAAGUCACCCGCAUGGUCAUCAUCAUGGUAAUUUCCUUCCUUGUUUGCUGGGUCCCCUAUGCCAGCGUUGCUUUCCACAUCUUCACCCACCAAGGAUCUGACUUUGGCCCUGUCUUUAUGACCAUCCCAGCCUUCUUUGCCAAGAGUUCUGCUAUCUACAAUCCAGUGAUUUACAUCUUAAUGAACAAACAGUUCCGCAAUUGUAUGAUCACCACUCUCUGCUGUGGAAAGAAUCCUUUGGCUGAAGAAGACACUUCAGUCGGCACUAAGACAGAGACUUCCACUGUCUCCACAAGCCAGGUUGCCCCUGCAUAG